AUGGACGCCAUAAAAAGUAUACUCUCCCCUUUCGGCAUGAACACAGGCGCUAUCCAAGACACCCUUAAACUGGUAGUUAUUGGCGGGACAGUAGAAACCGCUCGACGGGCCUCCAUGUCGGCCUGGAAUGGUUUUGUGGAUUCUUUCUUCCUCACUGCACAUUUCUCUCAAGAGGAUUACCCAUACGACUGGUUAAUGCACUGGCUUUCUAAGCAACCCGCUUGGGGCCGAAGCAGGGAGUUUGAGAUUACCACGCGCUCAGUCGGUCGCAAUGGCAUGAAUUACAGCACUACAGGCGACCUAGAGGAUGAUGAGGAAGAAGAUGAAGGGGACGGCAUGGUUCAUGGUCGUCGAAAGCGCAAAGUGGCGUUCCUGCCAAGCUUAGACACUACCCACACCAUUUAUUACCGUGGUCACUGGCUUAGAAUUACGCGUACUCAGCGUUACCCCGAUUAUCGCCGUGGGGCUGCUCUCAAGAUCAGUGUUGUCGCUCGGAACAACGACAUCUUGAAGAAACUUGUUCUGGAGGCCAAGCGUGAUUAUGAAAAGGAUUCUGAGCAUCGCGUUCAUAUAUUCCUCGCUGAUACUUCGUAUGGCGGCUGGAGAUUCAAUGGUGCUCGUCAAAAGAGGCCUAUGAGCUCUAUCGUGCUCCAACCUGGCGUUAAGGAUAUGCUUCUUGCAGAUUGCAAGGAUUUCAUGUCUUCCGAGGAAUGGUAUGCGGAGCGAGGCAUUCCUUUCAGGAGGGGUUAUUUGUUGCAUGGUGUUCCUGGAAGUGGAAAGACCUCUCUUAUUCACUCUCUGGCCGGUGAACUGGGGUUAGAUAUCUACGUCGUUUCGCUAUCAGCGAAGGGGAUGAGUGAUAACACACUAACGACGUUGAUGGGUCAUGUAUCUUCGAGAUGUAUACUCCUUUUGGAAGAUUUGGACGCUGCGUUUACGCGUUCGGUCAGCCGUGAUGCCAGCUCUACCGGGGCACCCACCGCCACAGCCAAAGAUAAGGACGCCGCUGCGGCGGCUGAAAGUACUGACGGUUCUACCUUGAGUCUAAGUGGUCUUCUCAAUAGCAUUGAUGGCGUAGCUGCGGCGGAGGGGCGUCUCCUCUUUGCUACCACUAACCAUAUUGAGCGCCUCGACCCUGCUCUCAGCCGACCUGGCCGCAUGGACGUAUGGAUCAACUUUACCCAUGCGACUAAGUGGCAAGCAGAGGGUAUCUUUAAAUGCUUCUUCCCUCACAAACCAACCGCAGCUACAAUCUCUUCAUCUGCCGCGCCGACAGAUGCAUCGCAGAAGAACCUUCCUCUUCCCAAGCGCAAAUCACACACGCACGCCAUUCCUCUUCUCACUGAAGAAGAAAUUUCUGAGCUUGCUAAACGUUUUGCUGAGGCUAUUCCCGAAGAUGAGCUAAGUGUUGCGAGUCUUCAAGGUUACCUUCUCAGAAAUAAGACGCGUCCCCGAGAGUGCGUGGAAGAAGUCGCCCAAUGGGUCAUUCAAGAGCGUGAAACUCGGGAAAAACUCAAGAAAGAGAAGGCUGAGCGUGAGGCCAAGGAGAAGAAGGAAGCCGAAGAGGCUGCAAAAAAAGAGAAGGAGGAGAAGGAGGCUAAAGAGAAGGAGGAAAAGGAAGCCAAAGAGAAGCUCGAGAGGAAAGAACGCGCCGCUAAAGCCAAGAAGCUUCGAGCCGAAGCAGCGGCCUCGAAGAGUGAUGAUUCUUCCACCGACUCGGCUACUCCUACUGAAACGACUCCAGCAGCAUCGACCUCUACCGCCUCAACGCCUGCCUUGACCCCUGAUGCCACUAGCGAAUCUUCAACCUCUAGCAGUUCGGAAUCUGAGACUAGCACAGGCGUGGAUGCCGACACUGAGGAGAGCGUUACCUCAGAGGAGGAGACCGAUAAGGCUGAGGGUGCCACUACCCAGCCAAAGGGUGAGAAGUGGGUCACAGUCAAGGGGCAGGCGCCGUCCGCCCCAGCGACCCCUUCCUCUGACAUCACGUCAUAA